AUGGCAGAAAUCGCAGCAGGCGCUGUCGUAGCUGAGCAGGUCGUUUCCACUGGCAUCGAGGCUGGAGCGGCCGUCGCUGUGGCACGCCCAACCCAGCCUCUGAAGGUGUCACUGUCCCAGGUCGCCACCACCCAGUCCCCCGCUUUCGACACGUCCGCUCUUGCACGUUCCCACCAUUCAGUCACCGUCGUCAACCACAAGGCAUGCAUCUUCGGCGGCGAGACAGCAGAGAGCGAGCUAGCUUCUACUGACUUCCAUGUCCUCUCCUUGCCGGCCAUGACCAAGGGUGAGCCAGUUGCAGCCUAUGCUUGCUAUCCGGCAUUCGCAAUGCAGGAUGCAGAGACCGGCAAGACCUACGUCCCUUCCCCGCGUUCAAGACAUGCGGCGGCAGCCCGCGGCCAGUUCGUGAUCGUCAAUGGCGGUGCUGAUGCCAGUGGAAAGCCCAUCGACGAGACGUGUCUCUGGCUAUGGGACUCUGAGAGUUUGAAGUGGACCAAGAUCCAAGGAGCAAGCCAGAUCGGCAAGACCAUCACCCCGAGAUUCGACCACCACAUCUUUGUCGAGCAGACCCAGGACUUCCUGGUUCUUCACGGAGGACGGACUGCACCAGGACAGGAGGCAUCUACCGAGACGUGGAUGUACAACUUUGACACUCUCGCCUGGACAGCGUUGCCGCCUUCUCCUCAGCCUCCUCUCGCGGCCGCCUUCGUGGAUAAUGUUCUUUAUACCAUCGGGGCUGACUCUAACAUGAGCGGUGCUAUCCACUACAUGGACCUCAAGUCAAACGCCGAGGACCGCGAGAAGCCCGACGCUCUUCAAUGGAAGACCAUCAACUUCCCUACCAACCCACUCACUCCGGGUCCCCACCCACGCGAAGGCGGCGCACUCGUGCCAGUAGACACUGGUCUUGGCAGACACUACCUCGUCUAUAUGUUUGGCACGAACAGCACUUCAGCCGAAAAGGACUUCUACACUGAUAUUUGGGCCCUUCAGCUCCCCACUCACGGCUUCAGUGCGGCCGCUGUGAAGGAUGCGAUCCGUGACAAGCUGCCUCGUGUUGAUUCUGGCGAGUUCAGCUGGGCAGAGGUGGAGCUCAUUCCGACAGAGGAAGUCAAGACGGAGGGAAAGGCGCAUCCCGGACCACGUGGAUACUUUGGCGCAGACGCAGCGGAUGGAAAGAGUCUCGUCUUCUGGGGCGGCGUCAGUGCGCUGGGCAAGGAGGGCGAUGGAUGGCUGCUUCAGGUCCAGGCGACGCUUGACCACGCAUCUUCCAUCUACAUCAACUCCAUGCAUCUGUCUCAGAUCAACACAUUACAAGCAUUGCAGUACGACGAACCCACUACAAAAGACUCGCCCUUCUCCGUCACUAUGGGCGCCAUCUUAAGCUGCCAGCCGCGCAAGAUCACCACAAAGAUCACUCUCGAAAUUGGUGAUUACAUGGUGUACACUUACUCCUCCAAUCCAGAAAACAUGGAUCCUUCGAAGAAUGAUUGGGAGGCUGCACUUUUGAUCAAAACAAAAGACAUCAAGCAAGUGUUAAAACAAGGUAUCAUCAUUUCGGAAGACGAUAUUCAACUGCAAUCCGGCGGUAUCACGCCCCGAAAGCGCCCCGAACUUCUUCAAGGCAGAGGCUGGGUCCACACCCGUCAGUACAUCUUGUCUGGCAACUCGUGUGGCGGAUGGGCGGCGCGUAUUGAGGUCGGGGCGCGCGAUCUCGCUCCGCUUGCGAGCUUUCGCAUCACGAAUCUUGUUGGCCAUGCGAACCAUGGCUGGCCUAUGGAGCAAGGACUAUUGGUGUGUUUAAGCAAGGCUCUCGAUGAGGCGAAUUUAGUUACGUGGGAUACGUAUCAUGGGUCUAGCCCAUGGUGGCCUAUGCUGGUCACCAUUGUCCCACGGAGGACAGAUGUAUCGGCGUCGGGAGAUAACGUGAAGGGCGAUGCUGGUGGGGUCGAGGAGCCAGUGCCUACGUCCAGUGGCAAGACGAAGAAGGGAUAG